AUGUCAGCACCCAGCCCCAGCCCGGCGACACAGGCUACCAACAAGGUCUUCACAAGAGUAGACCUUGAUGGCCAUGCCCUACCUCCUUCCCCAGCCCCGUCGAGCCCGCUCUCGGGCCGGCGGCGGUAUGCCCUGGCGACUGAACUGGUCCAUACCGAGACCAAGGACCAGUACGGCGCCUCCAGCAUACCCAUCUACCAGUCUGCGACCUUCAAGCAGACGUCGGCCAACGGCGGCAACGAGUAUGACUACACCCGGUCCGGGAACCCGACCCGGACGCACCUCGAGCGCCAUCUGGCCAAGAUCAUGAAUGCCACCCGCUGUCUGGCCGUUGGAUCAGGCAUGGGCGCUCUCGACGUCAUUACGCGCCUGCUCAAGCCCGGAGACGAGGUCAUCGCUGGCGACGACCUGUAUGGUGGCACACAUCGGCUUCUUACAUAUCUCAAGAACAACCAGGGCAUUGUCGUAUAUCAUGUCGACACCACCAAUCCCGAUCGUGUGCGGGAGGUGCUCUCGGACAAGACAGCCAUGGUGCUUCUGGAAACGCCCACAAACCCGCUCAUCAAGAUUGUCGACAUCCCGACCAUCGCGCGGGCGACCCACGAGGCCAGCAGCAAGGCCCUUGUUGUCGUGGACAACACCAUGCUCUCUCCCUUGCUCGCAAACCCUCUAGAUUUUGGCGCCGACAUUGUCUACGAGUCCGGAACCAAGUAUCUCUCAGGCCAUCAUGACAUCAUGGCAGGUGUCAUCGCCUGCAACGACCCCAUGCUGGCCGACAAGAUGUACUUCACCAUCAAUGCCACUGGCUGCGGCCUAUCGCCAAAUGACUCCUUCCUCCUAAUGAGGGGAGUUAAGACCCUUGCCAUCCGUAUGGAGAAGCAGCAGGCCAACGCUCAGCAAAUCGCCGAAUUCCUUGAGUCGCACGGCUUCCGCGUGCGUUAUCCAGGCUUGAAAUCUCACCCCCAGUACGACCUCCACUGGUCCAUGGCACGUGGCGCGGGCGCCGUGCUUUCGUUUGAGACGGGUGAUGUGGCCCUCUCGGAGCGCAUCGUCGAGUCGACCCGUCUUUGGAGCAUCAGCGUUAGCUUUGGUUGUGUUAACAGCCUGAUUAGCAUGCCUUGCCGCAUGAGCCAUGCCAGCAUUGAUGCCAAGACCAGGGCAGAGAGACAAAUGCCUGAGGAUCUGAUCCGGCUUUGUGUUGGUAUUGAAGACGUCAACGAUCUCAUAGACGAUUUGUCCCGUGCUGUAAGUGCACUCACUCUUCAGGCUGCGGCCAGCCUUUUGCCAAAAGCCACCAUCUAA